UCGGGGCGGGAGCGUCUUGCACUGCCGGACGAGUGAUGGCAAGCCGCAUCGGCAGUUGUAUCACUCAGCACGGAUACCACGAAUUCAUGACGUUCUUGGUAUGGGGAUACAGGAAGAGCGUCCUGGAAAUGCUGGACUUGUCGGCCCGUUGCAAGGUCUUUUGUCUCGUCACUGUGGUGAUGCUGACGGCGAGUUCGCUGAUCCGGUCGAAGUAAUGGAUUUUUGGAGAGAGCUUUCUCAAGCAACUUCCAUCCUGCAGCGACUCCCGAACAAGACCAAACACCUACUGCUGGUGUCCACCACAGAACGGUCAGAACCACAUGUUGUUUGUGUCAAGGGCGUGGUACGCGUCGCCGCGGUCCCAGAUUGGUUUCCAGCUCGACGCGCCCGCCGUUCUGCUGGGUCAACCACCCCAUGGACGACGUCGAGAGACUCGUGGUCGGCACUACCGGUGCGGAGGUGUGGGAUUGAAAAUCCAGUGAGUCGAAGAUUGUUGCGGGUUGGUGACACGGGCCGCCUGAAGCUAAGAGUUGGCCUCGAUGACCUGCAAGAGUCACAGGCCUUCCGCUGCGCCGCUCAAGACAUUUGGCACAUCGUGGGCAACUGUGGAUAAGUGCCUGAGUAUCCGCUCCAUCCUGUUCCUUGAUGGAGUCCGGCUGGGAGUUAAACACGUUGAUCUCGUUAAUCACUGUUUUGUUCCCAACGACUCACUGGUA